UUCAGACGUACCACUGUAAUCCUUUCGGUAUGUUUCUGUUUACGUUUCACUUUCUCUGCCCCAAGCAGCUCCGCCUCCCCGCCCCGCCCCGGUGGAGCCCCGAUUUUCCGGGGUGCGGGCGGCCCGGCCGCGUUCUGCCGCGGCUCUUGGCCCAGCGCGGGCUCGGCCCGCCCUGGUGCUUCUUCCCCCGCGGCUACCGCAGCUACCGCGCCGAGAACCUGACGGCCACCGAGAGCGGCUUCUCGGCCCGGCUGCACCGCGUGGCCGCCGCCUUCCUGCCCGGAGCGGUGGACGAGCUGCGGCUGGAGCUGGCGCUGGAGACCCCGGCCCGCCUGCGCUUCACGCUCCGGGACGCGGCCCGGCCGCGCUAUGAGGUGCCGCUGGCCACGCCGCGGGUGCGCGGCCGAGCCCCCUCCACGCUCUACGGGCUGCAGCUCAGCCAGGACCCCUUCGGGCUCGUCGUGUGCCGGCAGCGCGGCGGGAGAGUCCUGCUGAACACCACGGUCGCACCCCUCUUCUUCACAGACCAGUUCCUGCAGAUCUCCACCUCCCUGCCCUCCCAUUUCAUUUCGGGGCUGGGGGAGCACCUGACACCGCUGUUCCUCGACACAGCAUGGACCAGGGUCACCCUCUGGAAUCGGGACAUGGCACCUGCGCCCCACAUCAACCUCUACGGCUCCCACCCUUUCUACCUGGUGAUGGAGGACGAUGGUUCAGCCCACGGUGUCUUUCUGCUGAACAGCAACGCGAUGGGUGAGUCCCGUGGGGCGCCAGGCGUGGGCCUGGCCCUGUCCUCAUCCUCAGCUUCCUCCCCUGGCACUUGUGCUUCCCCAGACGUGCUCCUGCAGCCCAGCCCGGCCCUGACCUGGCGCACGACCGGGGGGAUCCUGGACUUCUACAUCUUCCUGGGCCCCGACCCCAAGAGCGUGGUGCGGCAGUACCUGGAUGUGGUUGGGUUCCCCUUCAUGCCCCCGUACUGGGGCCUGGGCUUCCACCUGUGCCGCUGGGGCUACUCCUCCACCGACAUCACCCGGCAGGUGGUGGCCAACAUGACAGCAGCCCGCUUCCCCCUGGAUGUGCAGUGGAACGACCUGGAUUAUGCAGAUGCCAAGAGGGAUUUCACCUUCAACAAGAAAGGCUUCAGGGACUACCCGGAGAUGGUGCGGGAGUUCCAUGACCGCGGGCUGAGGUACAUCAUGAUCGUGGACGCUGGGAUCAGCAGCUCGGGGCCCCCUGGCACAUACAAGCCCUACGACGAGGGUCUGAAGCGAGGGGUGUUCAUCCGAAAUGCCACGGGGCAGCCCCUGAUCGGGAAGGUCUGGCCAGGCCCCACGUCCUUCCCCGACUUCACCAACCCAGAGACUCAUGAGUGGUGGCACGACAUGGUGAAGGACUUCCACGACCAAGUGCCCUUCGAUGGCAUGUGGCUUGACAUGAAUGAGCCGUCCAACUUCGUGGAGGGCUCCCAGGAUGGCUGCCCCAACAACAACCUGGAGCAUCCCCCCUACGUGCCAGGUGUGUUUGGGGGACGCCUGCAGGCCGGGACCAUCUGUGCCUCCAGCCAGCAGUACCUGUCCUCUCACUACAACCUGCACAGCCUGUACGGGCUGACCGAGGCCAUCGCCUCCCACAAUGCUCUGCUGAGGGUCCGGGGCAAGCGUCCCUUCAUCAUCUCACGCUCCACCUUCGCUGGGCACGGGCGCUACGCCGGGCACUGGACAGGAGAUGUUGGCAGCGACUGGGAGCAGCUCUACUACUCCAUACCAGAGGUGCUGCUCUUCAACCUCUUUGGGGUGCCGCUGGUGGGUGCCGACAUCUGCGGCUUCCUGGGCAACACCAGCGAGGAGCUGUGCGUGCGCUGGACCCAGCUGGGCGCCUUCUACCCCUUCAUGAGGAACCACAACGACCACGGCACCCGGCCGCAGGAGCCCUUUGCCUUCAGUCCGCCCGCCCAGGCUGCCAUGAGGAACGCCCUGCGUCUCCGCUACUCCCUCCUGCCCUUCCUGUACACGCUGUUCCACCGCGCUCACAGCGCCGGCCAGACCGUGGCACGGCCCCUGUUCCUCGAGUUCCCCACAGACCCCAACACCUGGGCUGUGGACCGCCAGCUCCUGUGGGGCGGGGGCCUGCUCAUCACCCCCGUGCUGGAGCCAGGGCAGACCAAAGUCAGCGGCUACUUCCCAGCAGGGACGUGGUACAGCCUGGCAGGGGAUUCCACCAUCCACAGCAAAGGGCAGUGGAUCCUCCUGCCAGCGCCCCUGGACACCAUCAACGUCCACGUGCGUGCAGGGCACAUCCUGCCCCUGCAGGAGCCCGCCUUCAGCACUGCCCAGUCCCGUGGAAAGGGCAUGGCCUUGGUGGUGGCGCUGAGCCUGGACGGCUUCGCCAGGGGAGAGCUGUUCUGGGACGAUGGGGAGAGCUGGGAGACCUUUGAGAGGGGCGACUACACCGAGAUCCUCUUCCUGGCCUCCAACGAUGCUGUGCUCAGCCAGCUGCUGCGGGCAAGUGCCCACCUGGAUGGGGUCCUGCUGGAGGCUGUCACUGUGCUGGGGGUCACCAGCCCUCCCCGGAGAGUUCUGGCCAACGGUGCCAUCGUGAGUGACUUCUCCUACCGCAGUGACACCCAGGUGCUGAGUGUCCCUGUGUCACUGCCCAUGUGGGAGCAGUUUGUGAUCUCCUGGUCCUGACCAGCAUGGGUCACAGGGAGUAUUCCAGGGAUGCUGCUUCCCUGGAAUCCAAGGCCAAAUCCAUCCCAUCCCCUGUACCCUGAGCUGCCCCUGCUCUUCCCACACUCCUGGGCCUUGUUCUCCCUCUGGCUUCUGGGUGUGCACUGGACUGGCAGAGGGAGGGGGGCCUUGCACAGCCCCCAGGGACAGGGAAAACAUCACCAUCAUCAAAUCAGGGGAAAAAAUACCCAAGUGCCUUGUGAGACAGCAAACCAGUUACUCUGGGGACUGGUAACUGGGGCACAGACUGCAGGGAGUUUCCUGGCUGUGGUUUUGGGGAGGGGGAUGCGCAGGGGCUGAGGGAGCAGUACUGUGAAUAAAGCUGCUGUUUGCUGGGAGCAGCC